AUGGGUGAUAAUAUUCAUGCUCCCACAGUGGCCUCUGGGCCGACAUCUGGACCCGUUCAACGCGACUGGUCGAAACUGUCGAUGCCAGACCUGAUGCAAGAGAAGGAGAAGAUUGAGGGAGAGCUCUCGGCGCUCAGCACAGUCCUCAACUCACAUGGAGUGACUAUGAGAUCAACCUUGACCACCUUUGACGGCUUCCCUCGAGAUGACAUUGACAUUCCUCAGGUGCGAGCUACACGCGUCCGAAUGAUACAUCUUCAAAACGACCACAAGGAAGUGAUGCAAUACCUGGAGAAAGGCAUUCAUGCCCAUUUCGCCCAACUACAAGAAGCCCAGGCCUCCGCAACAACCAAUGGCACUAGCGUACCUUCUACCGCAUCACCAGUAGCUCCCCCGAGCAGCGUUACCGACCCCAGCGCUCUUGAAACACCAUUUGCGAAGGUCAAUAGCGUGGAACCACGGAGCCCAGCCGACCAAGCAGGUCUCCAGGCAGGCGACUUGGUUCGGGGCUUCGGAAGUGUCCAUUGGUUAAACCACGAACGCCUCUCCAAGGUGGCUGAGGUUGUACAACAGAAUGAAGGGCGGGCGGUCUUGGUUAAGGUAUCGCGCAAGGAGGAGGGUGGGUCACAGACCACAGAAUUAGAACUGCAGCUGACUCCUCGGCGCAAUUGGGGAGGUCGGGGUCUUCUGGGAUGCCAUUUGGUUCCACUGUAA